UUAGAAUAAAUUUGCUCACGUCGGCUAUUUUACACAGUUGAAAAAUUCAGCAGACACCCCCGCCGCCCCAGUUCGUCUCUCUUGAUUCUUCAACUUUCUCUCGAACUACGCUUCUGCGCUUCUCUCCCUCUCGAACUACGCUUCGACCCGGCAGCACCUACUACUCUUCUUCUUCUCCUAACUCCGGCAGCUCUCUCUGUGUGAUUUUGCUGAAUCUCGCGCACGAGAACAGGGCCUCUCUUCUUCUCUAUAUUUAAACAAAAUGACUCUGUCGGAUGAGGAGGUGAGAAGGCUUCACAGAAUCCGGAGGACGGUGAUGCAAAUGUUGAAGGAUCGGGGUUAUUUUGUUACGGACACAGAGCUGAAUAUGUCCAAACAACAAUUCCUCUCUAAGUAUGGUGAAAACAUGAAGAGAGAGGACCUUGUGAUUAAUAAAGCAAAGAGAAGUGAUAGCUCUGAUCAGAUUUAUGUUUUCUUCCCUGAUGAACAAAAGGUUGGUGUUAAGACAAUGAAGACCUAUACCAAUCUCAUGAAGUCCGAGAAUGUUUUCAGAGCAAUAUUAGUGGUUCAGCAAAACUUGACUCCCUUUGCUAGGACUUGUAUCAAUGAGAUAUCAUCAAAAUUCCACUUGGAGGUUUUUCAGGUGAAAUAGAUUUUUUUUAGGAUAUCAAAAGUACAGAAGCUUGUUCUUACCUUCUAGUCUGUUAGUCUGAUCGCAUGCGCUUUCUCUAUCAUUACCAAUAACUUUUGGAAGUUGGAUUGCUUGAUAGCUGUGAUCUAAUGGUAAUAUUCCAGCCUGCAAUGACACUACAAUAUAUUUCCAAGGAGAAAGCUUUUUUUUUUGUUUUUUCUUAUUUUAUUUUAUUUUAUUUGAGACUCCUACUUAUACCUUGUGGUACUUGUAUGCUAGAACUGCAUAGGCCUUUUUAAUGUAUGAGGUUUAUUCUUGCGACUGACGCUUUAACUAGUGGGGAUUGAAGGUUACGUGGGUGGUUGAGAAAACUGGACACAAAACUGGGCAGGGGCCCGAUUGAUUUUCUAGAGGACUUGAUUAGAUCCUGCCUGUCUUUCAGAGUUCAGUUUUUAAUAAACUGUUGAGGGAUAGUGGAUGGCAGCAUUUAUUU